AUGAAUGAUCCUGAAGAUCCAGGUAUUAGACAUUCUACUCCUAUUUCUUCUAGUUCUUCAUCUCCUUCUAAUCCUUUACCUGAUGUCUCUGAUCUUGAUAUUCCAAUUACCCAUAGGAAAGUUAAUUUUGAUUGGCCUCUUUAUCAACUUGAUGUGAAGAAUGUCUUUCUCAAUGGGGAUCUUGAAGAAGAGGUUUUUAUGGACUUGCCACCUGGUUUUGAGGUGGAUCUCGGGAUUAACAAAGGGAAGUGUAUUCUUGACCUACUGAAUGAGACAGGUUUACUUGGUUGCAAGAUAGCAGAAACUCCUAUUGAGAAAAAUUUUAAAUUGGUUGCUGCAACUGAAAAAGAAGUAAAAGAAAAGGAAAAGUACCAGAGGCUUGUAGGGAGACUCAUGUACAUCUCUCACACACGUCAUGACAUUGAUUUCACAGUUAGUAUAGUAAAUCAGUUCAUGCAUGCUCCCGAGUCAGUUUACUUUGAAGCAGUUUAUAGAAUUUUGAGAUAUUUGAAAGGUACUCCAGGAAAAGGUAUAUUAUUCAUGAAGCAUGACCACCUAAACAUUGAGGUUUAUACUGAUGCUGAUUGGGCAGGAAGCACGACUGAUAGAAGAUCUAUUUCGUGGUAUUGCUCUUUUGUUGGAGGAAAUCUAGUUACUUGGCAAAGUAAAAAACAAAGUGUGGUUGCAAGAAGUAGUGCUGAAGCAGAAUUUAGGGCAAUAGCCCAUGGUAUUUGUGAAGGCAUAUGGAUAAGAAGACUAUUGGAAGAAUUGAAUUUCUCUCAUACAAUGCCCAUACGCAUAUUGUGA